UCGCAACCAUGAUCUCAAUCCUCGUCCUCGGUCUGGUCAGUCUGUCAUUGUCAGUCGGGGCAGGCAGCGAGAGCUGCUACUGGAACCGGCCGUGCCCCAACCUGCUGCACUCCACCAAAACUACGUACGAAACUGUCCGCGGAGACAUAAGGGACUAUCCUGACCCUGAAUCAUGUGAGGCCGUCAGCAUCUGGACGCUGCACCGGCACGGCAACCGCAAUCCGGGCUCGUCCUCCAUCGACAUGAAGCGGCUCAUCGACGCCGUCCAGGGGCAGAUCAUUCAGGCCUUCGAGGACGGCCUCAGCCAGCUCUGUGCUCAGGAUAUCGAAGCUUUCCGCAAGUGGACUUUUAAUGAUACGAUCCUGGAGGCGCCUUCAUACCUAACUGGCACUGGCUACGAGGAGCUGUUCGACAUCGCCAAGCGGCUGCGGCAGCGCUACCUGCACCUGAUGCAAGGCGCGCCUGAAGACUACUACCUCCGGCCGACCAACUCGCAGCGCACCGUCGCCAGCGUCAUGGGCUUCGUGCACGGCUUCACCGACGAAACAAACCUUAACAUCACGUUCGACGGGCCUUUUGAGAGGGAUGACAUGAUUAGGCCUUAUGAAAACUGCGAGAGAUAUCAGCAAGAUGUGAGAGGUGGCGCUUUACUUGAGGAGCAAUUGGAAGAAUACGAAAAAACUGACGAAUACGUAGCCGUCCAGAAAGCAGUUCAAGAGCGGCUGGGCAUCACGUACCAGCUGAGCGCCUCGGACGUGUACACGCUGUACGAGAUCUGCCGCUACCACCGCACUUGGACGCCAACCCUGCAGGACGCCUGGUGCGCCGCCUUCUCCGACCAGGACCUCGUGGUGCUGGAGUACCGCGACGACGUCAGGCAUUACUACAGGAACGGCUACGGCUCGUGGGUGAAUCAGCGCCUGGCCGGGCCGCUGCUGAAGGACCUGCGCGAGCGCAUGCAGGCGGCGGCGCGCGACGAGGGCCACAAGCUCGUGUCGUACUUCUCGCACAACGCCAUGACGGAGAUGGCGUUCGUGGCGCUCGGGCUGUUCCGCGACGCCGCGCCCGCCGCCGGCGCCACCAGGGACCCCGCCCGCAACUGGCGCACCAGCUUCAUCGCCGCCUUCUCCACCAACAUGAUGGUCAUUCUAAAUAGAUGUACGGAAUCCGGGACACAAACUCACCGAGUCCAGUUCUUCAUCAACGAGAAGCCGACGGAGCUGUGCCCGCUGGCGGGCUGCUCCUGGCAGCAGUUCGAGGAGCUGCUGCGGGACUUCGACGACAGCCUGGAGUUCUGCAGCCCCGACUACCCGGAGCCCGAGACGCCGGCGGCGCCCGGCGCGGCCGCGCGGGGCCAAGUCGCGCCUGCCUUGCUCGCCCUGCAAGCGGCACUUGUCAUCUCUAUGUCUAAUGUUUUAUGA